AUGCCGAUUGCCUGCAAACCAUCACCGGCUGGAAGCACCCAGAUUGUCUCCAUAUACAGGCUAAAUUCAUGGAGCCGUAUCAAGGUCACCCUUGAUAUGUUCCGGAUGCUGUGUCUCAGUGUCCGGGCCAACCCCCGCUUCAUCGAUCUGAUUCGAGGCAUGCGGUCUAGGAUUGGCCCAGGAGAUGAGCACUUCAUCAACUGCUAUUAUUCUAUUGAUGACCACGAAAAUGUGCAGGGAGACUCCACGCAGGCACAUCGUUCUCCGGUCACAGAUCUCGGUUAUGCUUUCCACCUCCGCAGCUUGUCGUCUGCCAUCGCCAACAAUCGGGAAUACCUGGAAAAUAUCAGCCAGCAACUGCUUUCUCUAGACAUCCGUACUGCUUUUCACAAGCCAGUCCUCCAGCUGAAUGUAGACGUUGCUACCAGCCAAGAUGUAUACUCGAUUCGAAGGAAGUUACACCAUUUCAAAACCAUUCUGGAUGGCACUCAGCGCAUCGUUACAGCUCUCUCAAGCCUCGCACAGUCCAUACGCAAACAAGCCGGGGUCACCCGUUCUGCAGAGCAUGCCUUUCGCCGAGAGCUCAACAGCAUUUCCAGGGAGCUUGACGCCUAUCAGUCCACUGCUAGCGAACUUUUGGACCAUUCUGCUGAUAUGGGAUCUACGAUCAACUCUAUCAUAAACUUCCGGAACCAGGGCAUCUUGGCUAGCAACGGUGCCCAGCUCCAUCGCUUAGCAGAGGACAACGCACUCGAGACAAAGGCCAUGGCCGAGAUGGGACAACGCACGUGCACCGACUCCAGAACCACCCGCAUCGCGACUAUCAUUGCUCUCAUCUAUCUCCCAGCCAACCUUGUAAUAACCUUCUUCAGCACUGUAUUCGUCGAUAUACGCUCCCCUGCAAGUGCAAGCAUGGGAACCUCAAGCACAGCUGGGCAGGAUGGUCCUCAGCUACUCAUAUACAAGCAAAUAUGGAUCUUUCCUCUCCAAGUUCAUCCGUCCCUCAAUCCCAUGGAAUCCUCGUUCUCAGUUCAUUCAAAUACCAUGUCACUGUUCGUGUCCUCAUACUUGGCAUCUUUCUCUGUCGACGUCAUCCCCCCGGAGCCCGAGGGCUUAGGUAUACCUGAGCCGGAAUCCAACAAUGAUCGAUCUCAUGAAAAUCUGAUCCGCUUCCUGCAGCAUGCACAAGCACUCGACGUCAAAAUUCUUCCCCUGGUCUGGGAGCCUGGGCUCGAUCAGCUAGGACUUGACGGUGCCACGGGACGCGUGGAUCAAAGUCCCAUGAACGCGAAGAUGGAGUUUGCAUUCAAGCGAUUUAACCGCAGUGUCAAGAACGCAUCUGACGCCCGGGUUCUACAGCGCCAGUACGAGGCUAUGAUCAAUGAGAUCACCAUAUUGAGCAAUCCUUCUAUGGAGAAACAAGGCUUCAUCAAUAUGCUCAUUGGUGUCACGUUCGAGUUUCUUGCAGCCACCGGCCAGGUUCUGCCAGUCCUUGUCUUCCCCAAGUUCAACCAGGGAGAUCUAGGCUCCUUCAUGGCGCGGCGUCCAGAUCUCGACAGCCAAACACGCCUCGCCAUGUGUGGCGUGAUCGCAAAUGCCAUGGCACAUUUGCACAGCUGCAGUAAGCUCUAUGGCCCCGCUCGGUUCGUAGACUGA